AUGACCGAGACAGCUGCACCACCACAGCGGCCCUGCCCGCCAGUGCUGAAUGAGCAGCAGCUCGCAACCCUCGUCAAUAUUGAGGGGGACGUGCAGCUCAAAGCCGCACAACUCGGCAUGCUGUGCAAUGAGUACCACACGAAUUUGGAUCGCGUCAUGCUGCAUUACGAGCCGCUAAUGACACCACUACGCAAUAUAAUUUUUGCGGGCGUGCAAAAGCGACGAUGCAUUGAAACAAAACUGGUCUGGCUGGAGCGUAUAAUUGUCAUGCAGGAGCGUCGCGGUGGCUCACGCCUGCUCCCUCAGCGGGAGCUCCAGGCCAUCGAGCGGGAUCUCAUGCUUCCCGUACAAAAGGCCAUGCAGGAUAGCUACCAGAAACUGCAUAUCGUGACAAAGGAGGAACUUACAGUACUACGCGAGUACGAGUGCCCGCCACGACAGGCGCUUUCGACCAUGGAGAUGGCUCUACGUGUGCGCGGAGACGAGGACACGCGGUGGUCGACCGUGCAGGUGGUACUUAGUGAGAGCUACUUCUUCACCUUCUUCAUUAGCCGUGCGCAGACGCUGCUGCAGCAGCCCCUCCCCGACGGUGUGCUGGAGGAAUUGGAGACUUACUGCUACUCCCCGGAGCACGCGCCUGAUGUACUCGCCCAGCUAUCCGUGCCGCUGGGGGCGAUUGGGCAGUGGCUGUGGGCGGUGUGCGACCACUACCGCGUGAAGAAGAUCGUUGAGUCACCGGACCCGAACACGACGGUGGAAGAGCGGCGGCAGAUGGUCACGCGUCUACGACAUGAGCUGCAGGCUAUCAAGGAGGGAAUGGACACGGCGGCGGAGGAGCUGCAGAGGCUGCAAGAGGAGGCAAUGCGCAAGGUGGUCGAGGUACGUAACGAGUACGAUGAUACCAUGUGCCCGCUGCACGACGUCCUAGAAAAGAAGACGGAGGAUUUCAUCAAGGCGCUAGGGGGGAAUGAAGUGGACGCUGACGGUGAAUCAGCGGCGGAAGGGGAAGAUCGGCAGCCGCAAAAGGCUGAGGGUGCUGAUGAUCAGGAGCCGCAGGAGUCAGUUUCCAAGGCGAAUGUAAAUGAGAGCAAAACAGAGUAA